UAAUGUUAAAAAUAAUAUAUCAGUGUUUGAAAACCACGUUGAUGAUUUCUUUGAAUAUGCUGCAAAGCAGACUUGGUAUAAUAAAGAGAGACUUUCUAAUCUGUCAGCAAUGGCCUGGGAUUUUCUUGCUAUACCUGCUUCAAGCGUUGCAUUAGAACAGAUGUUUAGCUAUGCAGAUCAUAUUAUCGAUAAUAGUCAUACUUUAUUAGACCCGGAUACAAUAGUUGCAUUAAUGUGCCAAAGAAAUUGGUUAGAUUUGGCAGAUAAAUUUUGUUGGGAUUUAUAA